AUGACUGCGGGCGCGCAUAUGACUUGGUCGGCGAUGUUCUCUUUGGUUGCACGGCGCUGUAAUGCCGCCGCAAACGCUUAUGAAGGUGCUGAUGUGCAGAACGGAACGAACGGACCAACGCUCGGUCCAGUGCCAUCGAAACUGGCAUGGUGUAGCUACCACGUGCGAGGUCGAUGGCACGUACCCGGCAAGUUGUGCCGGUACCGGCUCAACGCUUCUUCUCUUCCAAUUUUAAAGUUGGCUAAACAUAUUCUCUUAUUGCUUUUUUUUUCAGGUCGCAUCGGUUCCACACCGGACAAGGGCGUCCCCGAUAUGACCUGCAUAUCGGACAUUGACGAGAAUGGCAUCAACCGCAACCUGAAAGUGCGCUACGAGCGGGACCAAAUUUAUACGUACACCGGAUCGAUACUGAUCGCCGUCAACCCGUACAAAGAGAUCGAAUGCUACACUCAGGAAUACGUUGCCAAAUACGAUGGCCAGAAGCUGGGCCUGCUGGAACCGCACGUGUUCGCGAUGGCGGAAGCCGCCUAUCGGAACAUACGCGACAACAACACGAACCAAUCGUGUGUCAUAUCCGGCGAAUCGGGUGCCGGCAAGACGGAAACGACCAAAUUCAUCCUGCAGUACCUGUGCUCGGUCACGUGCGACGUAUCGACCUGGGUGCAGCAACAGAUCCUGGAAGCGAACACCAUCCUGGAAGCGUUCGGCAAUGCGAAAACCAUCCGCAACGACAACAGCUCCCGGUUCGGCAAGUUCAUGCAGGUGUGCUUCGACUCGAAAUGGUGCAUCAAGGGUUGCAUCAUACAGGACUAUCUGCUCGAGCAGUCGCGCAUCACCUUCCAGAGCCCGGGCGAACGGAACUAUCACGUGCUGUACCAGCUGGUCGCGGAGGGCACAACGAACAAAGAGCUGGCGGCGGCACUCCAUCUCCGGGAUGCGUCGUUCUAUCGAUAUCUGAACUCGUCCGGUGGGACCGGCGAUGCCGGCACCGACCAAUCCGCGCUCGAGAUUGUCACCGAAUCGAAACGGUUUGAAGCGUUGCGGUUGGCGUUCAACGUGCUGCAGAUCUCCCAGCCACUGAUCGACGGUAUAUUCCGUGUGCUGAGUGCCAUAAUGUGGUUGGGCAAUCUGAACUUUGCCGACGUCGACGGGGAGCGGUGCGAGUUGGCACCGGAGGAUGACGAGAUAGUGAAGAUCGUCGCACAGCUGCUGGGAUUGCAGGAAGCCGACCUGGUGCAGGUGUUGCUGAAGCGGCAGAUCAAUGUGCGCGGCAACAUUACCGAGAUACCGCUCAAGCUGCAGGAGGCGGGCGAAAAUCGGCACGCGAUGGCGAAGGCCCUCUACUCCCGCACCUUCGCCUGGUUAAUCAGCCAUAUCAACACGUGCAUCAACCCGGGCCAGGAUGCGUCCCGGUUUUUGGGCGUGUUGGACAUCUUCGGGUUUGAGAACUUCAACACCAACUCGUUCGAGCAGCUGUGCAUCAACUACACGAACGAGAAGCUGCACAAAUUCUUCAACCACUACGUGUUUGCGCUGGAACAAGAGAUUUAUCGCCAAGAGGAGAUUCGGUUCUCCCACAUCCAGUUCACCGAUAACACGCAAUGUCUAGAGCUGAUCGAGAAGCCGCCACGCUGCAUACUCAAGCUGCUGACAGAACAGUGCCAUAUGCCAAAGGGGUCAGACACUGCGUAUCUCACCAAUCUGCACAGCGAGUUCGAGUCGAACGGUAGCUACGUGAAGGGACAGGAUCGACGCCACUGGGAGUCGGAGUUUGGCAUUCGUCAUUACGCGGGAUGCGUCAGUUACACCGUCAAGGGAUUCGUCGAUAAAAACCGUGACGUGCAGCAGGACGUCCUGUUCGAUCACAUGAGUCGGAGCAUGAAUACGUUCGUGCAGGAGAUCGCCUCCUUCCAGGAUCUGCUUUCGAUACAGCACGUCCAAUCGGCAUCGUCUGCGACGAGCACGGUAUCGCGUGGAACUUCCAAGGGAAAGCUAACCGUCAGCGAUACCUUCCGGCAGCAGCUGCAAGCACUGGUGGACGUUCUGCAGAGCACUAACCCCUGGUACGUGCGCUGCAUUAAGCCAAACUCCGACAAACUGCCGAACGACUACGACGAUCAGCUCGUGCUGGAUCAGCUGCGUUAUCUCGGCAUGCUGGACAUCAUUCGUAUACGGCGUGAAGGCUUCCCGGUACAUCUGACGUUCGAUGAUUUCGUGCAAAAGUACCAAUGUUUGACGAAGCGGUUCCGCAACAUGUCCAGCCAGGAUCAAGCGUUGGCCGUUGUACGCGAGCUGAACGUUCCGCCAACCGAGUGGCAGAUGGGGCGCACCAAGGUGUUCCUGCGCAGUGUCGUCCACGAACCGCUCGAGGAUGCCCGGAAGCAGGUGAUCAACUCGAAGGCACUGGUCAUACAGCGAAAUUGGAAGCGGUACAGCCAGCAGCGCCAGUACAGGCGGGUUCGUACGGCCGCACUGAAGAUACAGCACGCGUACAAGGGCUGGAAGCUGCGAAUCGAGUUCCUGAAGAAGCGUCGCGCUGCCAUCGUCAUCCAGAGCCAUCUGCGGGGUGUGUUUGCGCGCGAAGUCGCGACGGCACUGCGCGAAAUGCGCCGGGUUGACGAGGAGAUGCGCAAACGGGAACGGCUGGAAGCGGAACGUCGGGAACGGGAAGCGGCCCAGGCGGAAGCGGAUCGGAAGGCGCUGGAGGAAAGCGAAAGGGUUGCGAAAGAAGAAAUUCUUGCUUUGUCGCAAAUGGCCGAGCAGAUAAACUCGAAACUGCACUCACAACAGCAUGCCGCAAACAAUAACAGCCGCCUAGCGCAAGGCUCACUGCAGCAGAACGGACCGGCCGGGUGUGAUAGUAAGGGGUCCGGGUCCCUGCAGCCGGGCGGUGCCAAGGGUGCCGGUUCCGCCAGCCUGCAGAGCAACGAUUCGGUUGAUCUGGACAAUUUGUUUGCCUUCCUCAGCGAGGUACAGCCGAACGCGAACUCGAACGCCAUCAUCGACGAGAUCGGCGAGAAGAUGGACAAUCUGGUGGAAGAUCUCGACGUGGAGCUGGAAUCGGUCAUACAGCAGGAGAUUGAAGGGUUGACGAGCGAACGCAACAAUAAUGUUGCGGCUGCAUCCACGCUGAAGGGUGGUCCAUUAGUGAAUGGCACCAACAAUGCAAUUGGCAGCAGCAACAACAAUAACAAUACGAUUAAUAACAAUAAGCCGACCACACCGAAACCGAUGGGCGGGAUUCCAUCGCUGCCAGAACCGACAAUGCCACCACCGCCGCCACCGAUCGAAAACAACAACCAUACACUGCCGGCCGCCCAGCCACACCAUCCCGCAACACUGCAUCAUAUCCGGCGCCACGAGGAACCAAUCUAUGAGGCCGUUAUACACCUGAAGGAGCUUCCACCACCACCACUAGAUGCGCACGAAAAGGUGCCACCGAUUCCGCAACAUCAACCAUCGCCGAUUCCGGUCGCUCCAUCGCAGCAUCAUCCAACGGUCGCGCCUCCACCACCGGUACAUGCCCAUCAGCAACCGGUACCGCCGCCCCAUGCCCACCAGGCCCCAAUGCAUCAUCCUCCGCCCCAACCGAGUGCGACCCAUCCAAUCCAAUCGGAUGCGCCACCACAGCCACCGCCCCACGCACAUGCCGCACCUAGUCACGCGUACGUUCACCUCGAGAACGGAACCGCUGGCCACAAGCUACGCCCGAAGAGUCCGGCCGUCAUACGAUCGGCCAGUCCGAUCCAGCGAACCGGCCCGAACGGACCGAUGAGCCCGUCCUCGCCCAAGCACAGCCGGCCCAGCUCGCGAGCCUCCUCAACGGGUGGUGGCCAUCCGUUCGCGGAACGGGAACAGCGUCGCAAGUAUCGCGUGGAGAAGAAGCUCCAGGAAAUGCAGCAAAUGGAUAUAACCGAGCGCGAGAAGGAACUCCUGCGGGAUGACGUGUACUACGAUAUUCUCGAGUUUGCCGAAAGCUUCUACAACACGCACGAACGAUCGCCGGAAGGUACGAUCAUGGCGACACUAACACGCAAAGGCCGCAAAUCCGUCGACAUGGUGCCGAAGUACGAGAUGAUAACGUACUACCGCGGUACGACCAUCCCGUCUUCCCACAUACACAUGUACGAUCCGGAAAACGUGACGAUUGCGUGUAACAUUUUCCGCGACCUGUGCAAGUACAUCCGCGGCGAGCUGAACAGCGAGCGGGAACUGCAGGUGAUCCAGUUCAUCAUCGGGCAGGGCAUUGAGCGGGAAGAACUGCGGGACGAAAUCUUCGUGCAGUGUAUGCGGCAGGCCACAAACAACCCGAGCGUCGACUGGACCGACCGCGUCUGGUUGCUGCUGUGUCUUACGAUCGUCGCCUUCCAGCCGAGCAAAUUGCUCUUCCGGUACUUCGUAAGCUUCCUGAAGAAGAAUCUCGAAUCGCUCGAAGGCAAACUGCGCCAGUACGUGCAGUGGUGUUUGGAUAAUUGUAAAAACACCAAGGUUCGCUGUCGCCAGUAUCCACCGUCGAGCGUGGAAGUUGCGGCAAUGCGACGGCUCGGUACGAUUGUGUGCCGGUUCUUUUUCCUCGAUGGACGCACCAAAGCGAUCGAUGUUCAUCCGACCGAUACGGCAAGCGAUGCCGUGGCCAAGCUGGCGGAAAAGCUUGGACUGUGCAAUAUCGAGGGCUGGGCGAUCUAUCAAUCGCGCCCGGACGGUGAGGAGCACGUCAAGUCGCACGACUAUCUGUACGACAUUAUAGCCGCCUGGGAAGCCAAGCAGACGAAGAUCCACGCGUCCAGCUCCACGCUGCGCAAGAACGCAACCACGCUGGGUUCGGGCGAGAAUCGGUUCGUGUUCAAGAAGCGUUUGUUUAAGAGUACGCGGGAACUCUCGCAGGAUCCGGUGGAGGUGAACAUGCUGUACGCACAGGCCGUGUACAGCGUAGUGAAGUGCGAUGAUUUCCCGGUCUCGGAGAAGGUUGCACUGCAGCUGGCCGGCUUACAGGCCCAGGUUGCGCUCGGCGAUCCGUCGAACCAACCGAAACCGGAGUACUAUUCGGACGUGCCGAGCUAUCUGCCGGAGCGCAUCUCGAAAACCCGUGAGGAACAGUUCUGGGUGCCGAUACUGGCCCAAGCUCAUCGACAGUACGGUUCAGGACGCACGGAGCUAACGGCGAAGGUGCUGUACCUGUCGUGUGUCAUGCAGUACCCACUGUACGGCACGACGAUGUUCGCCGUGUCCUACCGUGGCUAUUGGAGCUAUGGCAACAGUCUGAUACUCGGCGUUAACUGCGAGGGUAUCAUACUGAUCAAGCCGGACGACAAGUUCGUCCUGUACGAGUUCCGCUACGCCGAGGUGGAAUCGAUCAUGCUCGAUCCGAGCGACAGCUUCAUCACGAUCAGUCUGAACCGGCACACGAGCACCAGCACCGACCAGCAACGGUGCUUCGUGUUUGAGACGGCCCAGAAGAACGAAAUCGGUUCGCUGAUCGUGUCGUACUAUCCGGCCCUUUCGAACUGGAUCACGGAGAACGAGGUACCGCCGAAGAAGAGCAAAGGCAUCACCAACGAGGAUCGCGUCCGGCUGCACCACAAUUUGGUCGUCUGCCGGCGACACCUGGUCGAUGCGGAGAUACUGCGCAAACCGCAGGACCCUAGCGGUGGCUUCCUGCGCAACACGUUGCGCCGACUGUCGAAACAUCGGCUGGAGAAGUUGCGCGCCGAACAUGGCAGCCCGGUGCACGAUCAUGGCGAAACGUACAAAGGUUUCCCGCACGCUUACUGGGCAUUCAGCCGACAGGCGUUGCCCCAAAGCCUUAGCAAGCUGCCCGAUCAGGAGGAGCAGGCUAUGUUGCAGGUGUUCAAUUCGAUUCUAACCUACGCCGGUCUCGGGCAAAAUGGCGAAACAGUUCAGCGCGCAGAGGACGAACACAUUACGCUCAUACAGUCGAUCAUGGAUCGUUGCAUGCGCAAGGAGUCGCUGCUGAACGAACUGUAUCUGCAGCUGAUCAAGCAAACGACCGACCAUCCCGAUCCUAACUCACGCGUAAAUCUGCGCCACUGGGCGCUACUAUCACUCGCCUGUAGCGUCAUACUGCCACCCCAGAAGGUGGUGCGCAAGUAUCUGCUAGGACAUCUGAAACGUUGCGCUAGCGAUUUCAUCACCGAGGAGGGCAAGUAUGCACGCUUUGCGGAGAAAUGUUUCUUCAAAACGCAGGGCACCCGGCGCCGCCAGUGGCCACCGUCGCGGGAGGAAAUCAUCUGCACCAUCAACCGGCGACCGAUCUACGCGCGGUUCCACUUUAUGGACGGACAGUAUCAUUCGGUCGAGUUCCACCCAAGCUCGACUUCUCGAGAGGUGAUGGAAAUCGUGAAGAAGAAGAUCGGACUUCAGGAAAAUGCACUCGGGUACGCUAUCUACGAAGUGCUGGGAGCAUCGGAACGGAGCUUACUGCCGGACGAAAAGGUUGCUGACGUCAUGUCGAAAUGGGAAAAGUAUCGCACCGCGGCCGCCCAGGCGGUGCAGCAAAAUCAAAGCUCCAACUUACCGCCCGCCUGCCGCCGGCAGCAUCAUCUGUUUCUGUUCAAGAAGCAUCUGUUCUGCGAUCAGUACAUGAACCUGGACGAUCCCGUCGAAAAGGAAUUGCUCUAUCACCAGGUGCUACACGGUUUGCGUACCGAACGUUUUCCCAUCACCGAAAUGGAGGCUAUUAUGUUAACUGCUCUACAAGGACAACUUGAGCUGGGUGACAGUUCGGACAUUGUGCAGGAUUAUCGGCCCAUUGCUGCCCACUGUCUGCCACCCCGCUUCGUACCGAACAUCCCGCGCGACAGUGUGGCCAUGCAUCAUCAGAGUUUGCGCGGCACGACACCGGCAGAGGCGAAGAAAUCCUUCUUGAAUCUCAUCCAAAGCUGGCCCCUCCAUAAGGCCACCAUCUUCGACGUGAUGCAAUCGUUCACCUCCAACUGGCCACGGAUGCUCUGGCUGGCGGUGGACCAGAAGGGAUUGCACCUGCUCGAACACCGGUCACGCAACACGCUCUGCACGUACGACUAUCAGUCGAUACUGUCGUUCUCACCCAACAUGAACUGUCUCAUGAUCAUCACCGGUUCGGAUAAGAAGCAGUCGAAGGUUAUCCUUACCACGGCACAGGCCUUCCAAAUUGCAAACCUUAUACGCGAAUACAUGGAAGUGCUUCAGCGGCAGCAGCAAACGCACGUGGAUGACACGCAGAAGGAAAAUCAAUCGUCCGGUGCUAACCAACCGCCACCUGCCCCACAAGUGCCACCGCACAACCAACCCCUUCCGCCACCCCAUCAGCAUCUUCCGGUUCAGCAGCAAGGUGUUGGAGGUGCUGUCGGGACCGGGACGGAUCUACGUAAGGGUGGUCAACGACCACCAUCGAUGCUGUUGCGUCAGUCCAGUGCCGCACUGGUGGCACCACAGCCCAGCUAA